AUGGGACCCAACGCGGAGAGCUCGACCCCUUGGAUGGAGACGUUGGCCUCAGUGGUGGGUCGUUUUGCUUGCCUUACUGAAAAGUUGCCGUUACUGACGAAGUAGCAUCUGCGGGGUUCUGACCAGGCGGGUCCAAAAACGGGACCGUUCAAGUACGAUGACGGCACUUUUGCUCUUCCCCUGCUCCCCACGUCGACCAACACCGAGGUUCGAGAACCCGACGGAUCGUGACCCACAAAGACAAAACCGGCCGCCUCUCCUUCGCCAACAUCGUCGCCAUUCUAGAAUACACGCUUACCGCCGGGCUCCACAGUCUCGAAGAUACUCGAAAGCGCAGUCAACCGCCAAAUCGGAAGCUGCUUCAGCUUCUUAACAACGUCAAAUCAGUACUGCACCAACAUCCAUCGGCGGACUUCGCUCUCGGAUUCGUGAUUGAUCUCGAAAGAGCGCACGCCGUCAAGGUCGACAACGAGGUGGUCAGGAUCGUCGAGCUGGACAAACGCAGGGAUGAUAUAAAUCGUUCAAAGAUGGUUGCCCUUCUGCGCAUCUUUCUCAACUUCGAUGAUGUCUUUUCUGGGUUUUCUAACGGGUUCAACUGCACAUACACACCAGACUCGGGUUUCAACGAGACGGCGUUGCGCGUCGAGUCGCUUGGACCGUCCACCCAAUAGGCGUUGCAGGGUCGCGACGAGAAUGCGCCUGAGUUCGUCAAGGUGUCCUCUUUGGACUGCAUCCCGCCGGGUGUACUCGCGCAUUCCGGAUCGGCCACCUACGCAACUUUCAAGCUGGACACCCCGCCCGUCCUCCUUCCCCAACUUGGCAGCUCCGACGACAUUCCGACCACGACCGAUGACUCGUCGACGUCGACGCCAGCUUCACCACACCUCUACCAGCUAUGA